GGGAACACUUGCCGCCACUUCCAACAAAAAUUGUGAAAGGCCCAAGGAACAUGAAAAGGAGAGGAUAAAAUUUAAUCAUAGCAGUAGUAGCCUCCCUCUAGGCUCAUCAGUGGUCACCACGACAAACACAUACUCCAUUACUAGUGGUAGUACAUGUUACUGUAGCAGAGUCGCAGGUUUAGGAAUCGAGGAAUUUCCAAGAAAACCUAAAAGGUUGAGGAGAUACAGAAGAGAUGGACACCUCAAGCCCAGCAGUAUUAGUGAACGGCGAGUUACUCCGGAUGCACGUCGGGAAGCGGGUAAGAGCCGUGAUUCAAGUCUUACGCUCCGACGGAAGCGGCACCGUCACCGGAAAAUCAACAGAUGGGCAACAAAUAUUCGUGAAAGGGCAUCCACCUGCUCCCCUUUCCACUUUUGUUGAAGUCAUUGGUAUUGCUGAUAGCAAUCAGUCUAUCCGCGCCGAUAUCUGGACCAACUUUGGCGAUGUUUUUGCCCACAUGUUUUGCUGGUGGAUCCGUGACUCUUCUGAUGAGUAUGUUAUGAUGUCUUGCGGAACUAAAAACGGCUACAUUUUUCUUGCGCGAAAAGAUUACCUUAUACCCAAGGCUACAACCAUAUUUGUCAGCUUGCAAACGGGGAGUAUAAACACUUAUUUAUUUGAGAGCUCAGGCUGGAAUCCAGGGCCAUCCUUUGAGUACCUUCGUUUUGCGUUAUUUUUGGUGGAUGCUCACUUUUUACACCCUGCAGUUGCUAGUGCUUUAGUUUUAUUUGUGCUUCCUGAUGGAUUUACUUUCCUAAAUCUAAAAGCUAGAUCUCUAUUGGGGAACUCGUUCAUUGUUCUGCGGUCAUGCUUCGUUUAAAUUCUGAUGUAAUCAUUUGAAGGAUAUAGUGUGUAAGGAACUGGCAUUGCGAUUGUUCCUAUUUGAGUGCCUCCAUGCAAACAAACUACACUUCCUAAAGGAGUACGGUCAGGAUAUUCUAGGCGGCAAAUUUUGUGUUAGCUUGUGCAAGGCUGCUGAAAUGAAGAUGGUUCUUGAUCAAACUGUUCAGAAAUUGUAAACGAAGUUUCAUUAGUAAUUGAAAAUUAGCUAAAUUGAACAGCUCUGGUUAAAAUGUGGAAGUAUGCUUUGGUUCAAA